UACAGGUCUCUCACUUCUAAAACUGCCUUAUCUGCUUCCUUCUACUGGUCACAUUUGGUUUUGGGUUGCUGGUGAGCAGCCCUAGGAGAGCUUUCCCUUUUUUUUCCUUUUCUUUUUUCCAUUUCCAAACACCUUUCUAAAGAACGUGAAAGCUACAGAGUUUGGGAAAGGCUGCGGUGAGCUGCGGUGUCCAAAACGAAGAAUGUUUCCUGAACUCUGGGACGGGCAACAGCUGAUUUACUGCUGAGCACUGAGGAUGUGAAGUUCUGGAGGACAUUCACACACCGGGGAAGCACAGAGACGACCCACAGCAGCACUGCGGGUGCCACAGAGACCGCCGGCACCCAUGUGCCCACCCGACUGCCCAGCCAGCAGCAGCCCCACCAAUGGAACCCUCAACACCAGCCAGGUGAUGGGCAGCACGGAUGCGAUCUACAUUGGCACUGAGUGCCUGGUGGCUCUGCUCGCUGCCCUGGGGAACAUCCCGGUGGUCUGGGCGGUGAAGCUGAACGCAGCCUUCCACAACACCACCAUGUACUUCAUCGCCUCCCUGGCGCUGGCUGACAUUGCAGUGGGGUUGGUCGUCAUCCCGCUGGCCGUGUUGGUCAGUCUGCACGUCAGCAUCCCGUUCCAUUUCUGCCUCUUCCUCUGCUGCCUCAUGGUGGUCUUCACCCAAGCCUCCAUCCUUUCCUUGCUGGCCAUCGCCAUCGACCGCUACCUGCGCGUGAAGCUGCCCAUCAGAUAUAAAAUAAUGUCUACAGAGAGAAGGAUUUGGUGGGCGCUGGGGCUGUGCUGGUCUCUGUCCCUGCUGGUGGGAUUAACCCCAAUGUUUGGAUGGAACAAACGAAGAAGCGCCUGCUAUCACACGUGUGAAUUUAUGUCUGUGAUGAGGAUGGAUUACAUGGUGUAUUUUUCGUUCUUCACGUGGACUCUUAUCCCUCUGAGCACCAUGUGUGCUCUCUACGUGGCAGUAUUUUACAUCAUCAGGACAAAGCUAAGUCAAGGAGCAACCAACGGGAGGGGGGUGGGAGUUUUCUAUGGGAAGGAGUUCAGGAAAGCCAAAUCUCUGGCACUCGUUCUGUUCCUGUUUGCUGUGUCCUGGUUGCCUCUGUGCAUCAUGAAUUGCGUUUUCUACUUUCACCCUGAAUAUAAGAUUCCUAAGGCUUGGAUCUUCUUGGGAAUCUUGUUGUCUCAUGCCAAUUCUGCCAUAAACCCCAUUGUCUAUGCUUGCAAGAUAAAGAAGUUCAAAACCACUUACCUUUUAAUUUUAAGGACCUACAUCCUAUGCAGAAAAAAGCCCGAAGCCAGACUCAGCUCUUACAGAUUAAACACAGCAGCUGUCAUAGACACAGAAUGA